AUGGGCCUCGUCCUCGCCGUGUGGAGGGUCGUUGUCGACGUAGCCAGCUUCUGGCGCAAGAAACUGCUUUGUUGGUAUUCGAGUCGCAACCCCGUCGAACUAUGGCUGCACCUCCUGCGCGAGGCCACCACCUACGAAGAGUGGGAGGAGGCGUCUCUCCAUAUCGACAACCUCCUCGGACUCGACCUAUGGCGCAACAACCCAACAUCAAAAUACUAUGACUGGAGACUUCUCACGUCUCGUCUGCACUCCCUGAUCGAAGCGCGCGAGGGGGGUGACUUUACCACCCUAGUCGACCUUCUUCGAUCGGGUCUCGUCCGGAACUUGGGCAACAUCACCAGCCCCAAGUUGUACAAUCGCGCACUCUCGGGUACCAAAUACCUCAUCGAGGAGUAUAUCACGCAAGUCGCCGAAUCGAUCGAGGAGAUAUCAACGCUGCCCACGAGCCACGCAAAUGGCAACCCCACUGGGGACAUGGUCCUCACCAACCAGAUGAAACUGGAUUUCAUACACGACACCCGGCAAGCGUUCGGCCGGAGCACCCUCGUCCUGCAGAGCGGCGCCAUGUUUGGCCUCUGCCAUCUCGGCGUCGUCAAAGCUCUGUUCUUGAGGGGGCUGCUGCCACGCAUCAUCACCGGCACGGCGACAGGCGCCCUGGUGGCCGCGCUGGUGGCCAUUCACACCACGGAGGAGAUGCCAGCUGUGCUAAAGGGUGAAGGAAUCGAUCUGUCUGCCUUUGCGUCAGUGCUGAGCGCCGCCGGAGCUGCCGAGAGAAGGGGCCUGCGGUCGAGGUGGGAUACACUCACGAGGAGGGUCAAACGCUUUGUCAGAGAGGGGUACUUCUUCGACGUCAAGGUCUUGGAGGACUGUGUCCGAGCCAACGUGGGCAACUUGACCUUUGAGGAGGCAUACAAUCGCAGCAAGAGGGUGCUCAACAUCACCGUGGCUACGGGGAGCAACGGCGGCGUGCCUACUCUGCUCAACUACCUGACAGCACCCAACGUCCUCAUCUGGACGGCGGCCGUUGCCUCGAAUGCAUCGUCGCCGACACUCUAUGGCACGGGCAAGACGACCCUCCUGUGCAAGGACCUUGACGGCAACAUUGUGCCAUGGGCUCCAGCGAAUAUGGCCGACUUUCACCACUGGACGCACAUCUCCUACAACGACCGUGACUCGCCGCUGCGACGCAUCGCCGAGCUGUUCAACGUGAACCACUUCAUCGUGAGUCAGGCGAGACCGUAUCUCAUCCCGUUCCUCCAAUCAGACAUGCAUGGCCCUGCAGUCCUCGAAUCGAAGGGCUGGACCACCCAGCUCUCCGCCUUCAUGAUCCGCGUGGUGGGCCUUGAGAUUCGGCAUCGUCUGCGUCAGCUCGAUACCCUGUGUCUACUGCCCGCCAGCAUCCGGCGGUUCUUGGUCGACGAGCAGAUCCCCGCCGCGUCCAUGACCUUAGUGCCCGAAGUGACGGCGUCCGAUUUCGUCCGUCUCCUCGAGACACCAACCCGCGAGACGGUCAACUACUGGAUACUCAGGGGGGAGAGGAGUGUGUGGCCGGCCGUGGCGGCGCUACGGAUACGCUGCGCCGUCGAGAAUGAGUUGGACCGGUCGUAUCAGGUCGUGCGCAAGCUCAAGGCGGGUGGGCUCAGGCGCAAAGGCAAUUUAUACGUCUUGAUUUGCAUCAUGGAACCAGAGAAGGAGAAGGAGAUCGCGCCUGGGCAAGACCGCGGCCACUUACGCUCGGUGGCAUCCAUGCUCGCCCACCCUUUCCACAGUCCACGGGCCACCAAAGAGGUACCAUCGCCCUCAGCCACAAGCGGAGAUAUCACAUCCGAGGAAGCUGCCCACAAGGGUGUGCAAGAAAAAACAGUUGAUGAUGAUUGGAUCCUCAUCACAGAACAGAUGGAUGCUGUCGUGGUCUGCAGCACAGCAGCAGCAGCAGCAGUUCGUGACACUCCCGCCGAGCCGACCGGCGCCCCCGAGACGAGCCGCGACGCCCACCGUAUAGCCGAGCAGAUUGCCGAUUUCCAAAGGCACCGUGACAAGACAGUGUCAAAGAAAGCGAAGGGCAAGCAACCCGCAGCCGUAGCAUCGUCAUCGUCAUCGGCAUCAGUGCCGCCACCACCGCCACCAGCGGACCGCGCAAGGAUGGAAAUUCUGGAGCAACUCAGGGAGAACAGGCGGAGGAUGCAGAACGGACUUUCUCUCGACGAUCUGCCUACAUGUACCGACAAGACCACGGCGCGCAACCACGUCGACUACAUGCCGACGACGGAAGCUCAGCCCUCUCAGCCCCCGUCCUCCGCCGAAGUAAGCUACGCCGCUGGUCCUGCCAUGGGCUAUACCGCGUCCCCCUGGAGGCAAUUUGACGCGCACCUCUUUGACGAUCCGUCACUGUAUUUUCAGCGACCGUUCGAUCCGCCGUCUAGUGCCCGUGCCCCGUGCCAAAGAUUCCCACAAGCGUACAUGUAUCCUGAGGCGUACGACCAGGACCAAGAACAACCGCAGCCGUGCGGACCUGUUGUGUAUGGGUCGUCGGGGCACUAUCCGUACUAUCAGUAG